CUGUAUUUGGUCUAAUACAUUUCUCUUGAGUCUUUAUUUAUUUGGAAAUCCGCGUUGUCCAGCUCUGCUGUUACUGCGACCAGCAGCUGCUCCUUCUCCGCUCCCUUAGAAUGUUAGAGGACGGCGCAACACCCGCGGGAACCGGUGAAUCGCCGACUGCCCAGUCGCCCAAUUCUAAAUCCCGCUAUAGCAAGCAUAUCAUAUUGACCACUUACCCUGGCCAAAGCGGGAUAGAUCCCGUUCCGCUAGAAUGGGGUGCACCUGACGCCAAGUCAAGAGGUCCAGUCAUCGUCUCACGCAGUGGACCGUUGCUGAAACGCCGCAACGCUAUGGGUGCCCAUGGUGGCAGUUACAGCAUCUACAACGCCCUCGCCAUUGCAGCUGGUCAUCUUGACCCGAAUUUCCGCCCUGAUUUCCGUAACAGUCAGCCCACGUUCAAGUUUCCCUGGCAGCCUGCGUGGGCCGACAAGACGAAGAUCGUAUCCAUGGAUCCGUAUGGGCAUGACAUCGUCAAUCAGUUCCGUGAGGAGUUGGAGGCGGGCUGGGAUAUCCGGCCCACGAUGGCGGUUACGCGGGCCAAUAUGAAAUUGGCGGAGAUCGGGGAGGCAGUGCGUGAUGGGGAGCUCAAAGUCGAUGGAAACAUUGUUGUUGACUCCAGUGGAGAGGUGCGGGUUACCAAGGUUGCUGUUGAGCCGGUGUGGUAUCUGCCUGGGGUGGCGGAACGGUUUGGCAUGGACGAGGGAACACUGCGUCGGUCACUAUUUGAGCAUACAGGAGGAAGCUAUCCUGAGUUGAUCACCCGGCCAGAUCUGAAAGUCUUCCUUCCGCCGAUUGGGGGACUGACUGUGUAUAUUUUCGGACCUCCAGAACGGGUUUCUGAUGAGAAAGUCAAACUUGCACUGCGGAUUCACGAUGAAUGCAAUGGAAGUGACGUCUUCCAGUCAGACAUCUGUACAUGCCGACCAUACCUGGCGUUUGGCAUUCGAGAGGCCAUCCGUGAGGCGCAAAACGGCGGCAGCGGUGUUGUCAUCUACUUCCGCAAGGAGGGGCGGGCGCUGGGCGAAGUGAUCAAAUAUCUGGUGUACAACGCGCGCAAACGCGGCGGUGACACGGCAGAUAAGUACUUCAGACGAACAGAGAACAUCGCAGGAGUCCGAGACGUAUAGCCAUCUGUUAUUAUCCACGGAAUUUGAAUAAUUGCUGACGCUGAUAUUGCCCUUCUAGAUGCGUUUCCAAGCACUUAUGCCGGACAUUCUCCACUGGCUGGGGAUCAAGAAGAUUGACCGAAUGCUAUCCAUGUCGAACAUGAAAUACGACGCGAUUGUCAAUUCGGGAAUCCCGAUUCUCGAACGGAUCCCGAUCCCAGAUCACAUGCUGCCCAGCGAUUCGAGAGUCGAGAUUGACGCCAAGAUCAAUGCUGGAUAUUUCACUACGGGCAAGCAGUACACCAUGGAGGAGCUUUCAGCGGUGCGUGGACGGGGUUGGGAGAAGUGGGAAGAUGUUUCUCAUUGAAUGUGUUAGGGUCUGUUUGCGGUUUAUGGCGUUGAGUCAGGAUUUUGAAUGGAAGUUAGAUAUGCAUAUUACGAAUCAGAUAUGAAUAACCUCCCCUCUUAUAACUUUGCUAUAGCUGGAUUGGUAAGUUACGUUUAACUAUGAGGACCGCAUAGGACAGAGAUGCUAUUAAAAAAAAAGAACUGAUAAGCAGCUCGGUCGGUCGGGCCGUCUACCGAAAGGCUUCAAGAUCCCCGCAUUCGGACGAGCGUCCGCAUGCAUGCUCGGGUUGCGAGCC